AUUUUAAAAUAAAGAAGAGAGAGAUUACAAUCCAACAAUACUUAACUCAAUAAAUCAGUUUGGAUGUCUGUUUGUGUGUUAGCCUGAGGUCUGAGGUCAGGACGAAGAGAUUGUAGAAAAGGAAACUUAUCUGAACGAGUGAAACCAAAGACAAAGAAUCUCCGUCAUCUCCAUCAGGUCAACAAGAAACAGCUUCAUCCAAUCAGCUUCAGCGAUCAGCUCAUCUCCACCACAGUCCAGCUGUCUCUCUCUGUCUCUAUGCUCACAGGUGUGAGCGAUUGAUCUUCCCGACCUUUUCCAGUCCAGGUGGAGCUACAACAGCACGUCGGUGAAGAGAAACCAGAAAAACAGAUGGAUGAGCAGAGAUGCAGCUGUUGCCUCCGCUGCUGGAUGAUCUCUGCAGUGAGUUCAUGGACAUGUCUCAGCUCUGCUUCCAUCAACCGUCCCUUUCCUUCUUUAUCAAACAACCUGGGACCCUCAAACAAGUCCUCGUACUUUGCCUGUGAACACACACACACACACACACACACACACACACACACACACACACACACACACACACACACACACACACACACACACACACACAGGAAGCUGUCCAAGUCCAACAGUUGAGUGUCCAUGUCUGCUCAGAGAGAGAAGUUCAGUGUCACAUCACAGAGUGAAAGAAGCUGGACUGAACCAUCACAGGACAGACGGCCUGGUGCAAAGCCAACAGUCAGAAGAAACAAGAGUGUAAGUGCACUGAAUCAAAACAGAAGACAUCCUGCUGCACAGUGUUGUCUGCCUGAAGCGUGACCUGGCAUCGGACGUGUCGUACCAUCGCUCGGCCUCCCACACUUCUGUCGGACGUGAACCAAAGUGAAAACUGACUUAUGAAUCCAGUCCGGACCAGGAGCUUUUCCAAAAUCUGACAGAUUAUUUGUUUUGCCUACUUCUAAACAAACUGCCUGUGAAAAGUGUAAAUAUUGUUAAAACAACAAGUUCACUGCAGCGGCACUGCUACAUCCUGCAGAACCACGCCCAUCCACCACAGUUACCAAGUUUAGGCAGUGCUGUGACGGACCCCUCACUGCAGCCGGUUCAGAUGAGAUCUGCCCAGCUCCCUUUAUCAGCUCUUUGGGACAGUUUCAGAGAGCGAGAGGUGGAUCGGACCAGGACGGUGGAUCGGACCAGGACGGUGGUUGGCGUAUAGUCGUAUGUGAGAGGAAUAGAUGAGAUGGAUGUGUUGAACAGACGCCAUCUGCUGGAUCAAAGUGUGACCCGUGUCUGCUGAAGGAGAUCAGAACAAACUCUGAAAAGAGGCGGGGCACCUGACAAUCAGAAAGCUCUUCUGGGAAAUGCACAACAAGGGUCUGGUGUUCAGGCAUGGAGAGAGCUGUUGAUGCUGCUUUUUGUGGAAAUGAAACUAUUUGUUCAAGAAGUGGCCAUGGCUUAUGGCUCAAGGUUUCUGUAGGCGUCCCAGACUUUGUCCUGAAAAGCGCUGCGACAUCACUCUACAGAGCAGGACCCUUCCAGAGCAAAGUUCCAAAGAAAAACAAGAUGGUAAACGGUGUUCUGAACAUGCUGGGACUUCCGAAGGGUCCUGUUGAAGUGAAGCUCACUGAGGUGCCGACUGUGUCCAUCAGUCAGAAGAGUGGAGUCUCUGUCAGAGUGAAUGUCAGUGCCCAAUCUUUAGUUCAAUCAAAGAAACCAGCUCUUCCUGUGAUGUGUGCGGCUAAUAUAAAGGUUAAAACUGAAGGAAACAAUCUGCAGCUCGUCAUUGAGGAUGUCAGGUGUAAAAUCAAACCUCAAACAGCAAAGGGAAAAAUGUCGAAGCCAGUUAUUAACUUAUUUCUGAAUGAAUGUAUUCAAGAGUACAUUGAUAGUAAGGCAUUACGGAUUCCUCUGCCUGAUGGAAUCAAUUUCAGUGAAUCAGAGAUCUGCUAUCACGACGGCUACCUUCUGAUCGGAGGGAACUUCAGUUUAAGUCCUGCGUUGGUGCAGGAGACGGUGAAGCUGCUGAUGUCAAAGGUGAUUGAAAAACUUCAAACCUGAGUCAACAGCUGGAUGAGAUGCGAAGAUGAGAAGCUCAGUCACAAUCGGCAACUUUAAAACGUGACUCAAUUCUGGUUAAAUGUUCAAUUCUGUUGCACCAAACUUCUUAUUAAAUCUUGACAAGAUUCAAUUUAAACCCAACAAUUUAUAGUUUAGUUUUUUUGUCUAAACUUAGAAGAAAUUUAAUUUCAUGGCACCUUUGAACUCCAGUUUAAACUGUGACCUAGUUAAACUGUCUUUUUAUAUGAACUGUACUAAAUAAUGGAGGGACUGAAACCAAAGGAGUUUGAUCCAGAUACCAGUCAGUUCUGGAUCUGAACUGAACACUGGACCGACACACUGACACAUUAUCAUAUCUCCAUGACAACAGGGCUACCUGCUUCAAGGUGUGUGUAACUAAAGAGCUCUUGUUGAGUUGAGGACAUUUGAAGGCAGCUGUAAACACUCUUCCAGUAUUAUAGUAUUAUCCAAGAAUCUGUGUUUAUAUAUUUGUUUCAUUUGAGCAGCAUCUCUCAUGCAACAGAGGUUCACUUCAUUUCAAAUCUGAGUGUCAUUUAACUCUGAUUAGAUCUAAUCAUAGAUUAAAUCACAAAGCAGCCCAACAUGAUUGAAGUUCGAUGGAUCCCGUGCUGUCUGUUAGCUCCACCUCCCGUCUCACAGGUCACCGCUGGAGUUGUGAAACUGUAAAAAUACAACAAAGUAGAAAUACUGUUACUGUGAGUUCAAGAGAUUCUUUCUCUGCAAUAAACAGCUUCAACAUCA